CGCCCGACCACGCACUGAUAUCGCACGAAAGCAGGUUUCGUUCCCAGCUGGACCUUAAAACCUUUUCGCACUCGGAUGAAUUUCAUCGACCACUGUACAGAACCACGCCGGCGUCAUGGCGCCUCGUUCUCGACGGCAUAUCCCUAGGGACAACGAGAGAACACGGCUGAAAACCGAGCAAGCAACACGCACCGAAACCCGGCGCCCGGAGGGGGAAGGUAGCGAGGAGAAUUGGAUGCUUGAACGGGACCGGUUGCUUGCGAUCAUCAGGGACCGCAAAGAUGACUUGUUGAAGAGACGGCAAGCUGAGAAGGAGCGCCUGAAAAGAGAAGAGCUGGAAAAGCAGCGCCUGGAAAUUUUGUCUGCAAGGCAAAAGGAACGACUUCGUGAGAUUGCACCGCAGGCCGCACAACUCUCACGCUGGCAACAAUGGGUGCGAAGAUACCGCGAAAACCUCUCGGCUGAAGGCUUUACUCUCUCCGACGGGCUUUGGCGCAGUCCAAUCAAUUCAGACAAUAUUGGGAACAAUGUAACAUUCAAAGAUGCAAAGGCGAAGAAGCUGUCCGACAUCCCAAUCGAGUUCCCCUAUGGUCUGGGGGAUCCAGCGUACAUUUAUGUCAGCUGGGACAGGGCCAAAUACGAACAUAUCUCUGGUGUCUGGCUCUCCGAAAUCGAGGAGUACCUGCUGGACCUCGGUUUCAAUAGAAAGAUUAGCAGGAGAUUUAUUUGUCUGGGUUUGCCCAAGUGGGGAGGUUUCUCCUCUUCCCAGGUACCCGACUUUAAAGAUACAGUAUGGAACUGGCCUCGUGCGAACAAUAACGAAAACCAUUACCAUAUCCAUCCUCCGGAAGAUUUUUCUCCUUAUCAGAUUUUGGGCCUUGAGGGUUUCCGUAAAACCCUGCGGGAUAUAUUUAAAGAGAAGAAGUACCUCAAGGAUCCUAAUCGCUUGCCUUCACCAGACCUGGGCGGCCCGAGAGAACCCUUGCUGCAAUGUAUAAGACGGUUUUCGGAGGUGGAAAUUCAUCGCCGUAUCGAGAAAAGGAGACAUUUUGCGGAUGUAGAAAUUCGUCACUGUAUCGAGAAAAACCGACGGAUACCCCCCACGCGGACCCAGUUCGCACUCAAGCCCGAGAUUGUAGUGUGGUUUUAUGAUUACCGUCAUAUGAAAAUGGCUCUUGAAAAAUUAGAGAGAUUCCUGAGUCUCUGUCUAAGAUGUUGUUCUUGGCUGAAUAAUGUACUUCCAUAUCGAUGGUCACGACGUGCUGCUCGCUUCUACUCUUGGGACUGGAUUCCACCUCCUCGACCAUCUCCACAGUACACGUAUGAAGUUUCUGGUUUGCUGAACGAGCAGCCAUCAAGCGCGUUCCCAGAUACUGGGAGUGAUCAAAACUUACUCUCUCGUGACUAUGCACACCGGAAUGGCAUCGCGAUCGCUCCCGAUAGCAAUGGCACAACACACAUCAAGUCCGCCGAUGGGAGAUUGAUUCCUACUAUAGGAACAGCUCAAGUAUCUUGGAGCUUCGAUGACUCUCCCCAUGAAAAGCAUAUGUUGGUCUUUCAUGUCCUUAGCCAAUGUGUUCACGACGUUCUACUGGGGCACCCCUUCCUCUUAGAAACAAACACCACGACAUUAAACCGCAUCAAGCGCUAUACUGUCAAUGCCACAUCCUUAAGCUCCACUGGAGCUGUGUACGAUAUUCAUGCAGCAAGUGGUAUCCGACCAGGCCAGUGCACUACUGACGGACAUCUCGCUGGUGAAGCGAUCAAAACACUAGCCGACACUGGAGCUCAAGUCAACAUCAUAUCACUAGCUUAUGCCCAAGCAAGGAAUUUCAAGCUAGAUAUUACAGGCGAUCGAGGAACCUUUAGAUUUAUCGACGGCAGUGAAGUGCCGAGUAUUGCUACCGUGAAUGCCGUAUGGAUCUCAAGCGAUAAGAAGCAAUACAGCUUGAAAUUUGAAGUCCUGAUAGGGUCUUCCUACGACGUUAUUCUUGGCCAGAAACAUAUAUACGGCACGAAAGCCCUCCUUGGCAAGAAAUCUGAUCCCAGCGCAAGCCCUAACUCAUCUCAUACCACAACCUUUAUGACUCUUGAUCCAUUGCCUGCUGAGCCUUGUCGUACACCUCCAGCAUCGCGAAAUAUCGAAGGUUCCCAUGCCAAACGGCCCGGUGUAGAUAGGAGCAAAGCCUCUAACGUCUGCGCUGUCGGGUUUAAAUCACCGUUUGCAAAAGCGAGCAAGGCAGCCAAGGGCUUAUUCUCGAAGACAAAGAAGAACGACAAUCUCCGCCCACAUCUCUCAUCUCAGGCACAGGAGGAGAUUGACCGACGUGCCACUGAGGAGAGCAGACAAUUCCGACUCACUCAUCCUGAGAUUUCUCCACCUUCUGACAGUCCGGAAGCGUCGCGGAAGACAUCAGAUUCACCCGCAGUAGCUGCAACAUCGAACGACUCUGCAUCUACGGCGUCAAUCGAAAUCUCUACGACUACUGAACCUGAGAUUGUGCCUCCCUCAGACACGGUCGCGGUUGAAAACUUAACUCCAGAAGAAUAUCAAGCAGAGAAUGCAUACCUGCCAUCCCUGAGUAAUCUUCUUCUAGUAAAUCCCAUUGCUCUGUGCAAUUACGUCUGGGAUUCGGUUACUAUUUACAUGUCAGGCCAAUAGGUGGGCUUCUUGUAACCGACUGGGUUGAUCGAAUGGGGAAAAUUGUAGUUCAACGCACAUGAAGACUGCUGGGGCACAGAAAACCCACCAGACCAAGAUAACAUAUACAAGAAGGAUUAUUCCAAUUUCAAUGUAAAAUCUG